GACUUUUGUUUCCGUUUUAAAGCCCCCGCAGACGGCGCUCGGGAUCCUCACUUGAAGCCCACGUCGUUGUUUUUUUUUUUUUUUUUUUGUUAAGUGAGAAAUGAGCCCGGCCACGUAGAUCGAGCGGCCCGGGCCUAGGCGCCGGCGGACCUGACCUUUCCGGGGCCCGUGUUUCCAGGGGGAGCGCUGGGAAAGGUCGGCCACUUCCUGUGUUGCCGCCGCUGCAGGGAAGCCGGAGGGAUGAGAGGAAUUGGCGGGGCGACGAUGGCGCUGCUCUGAGUGGCGGACGCGGCACGGACUUGGGGGGCGAGCAGCACGGCGAAGCGGUGCCACGCAGUGAGUGCAGGCGGGUGGAGGGCCGCAGAGACUAGGGGAGCGGAGCGGAGCGGCGGCACAGGAGGAGGAGGAGAUGAAGCUCUUGAAGCCGACUUGGGUCAGUCACAAUGGGAAGCCAAUUUUUUCCGUUGACAUCCAUCCAGAGGGAACAAAAUUUGCAACUGGUGGACAAGGGGAAGAUUCUGGGAAGGUUGUCAUCUGGAAUAUGGCACCCGUCCUCCGGGAAGAGGAUGAGAAAAAUGAGAACAUUCCCAGAAUGCUGUGUCAGAUGGAUAACCACUUAGCUUGUGUAAACUGCGUCCGCUGGUCAAAUAAUGGAUUGUACUUGGCAUCAGGCGGCGACGACAAGCUGAUCAUGGUGUGGAGGCGAGCUGCGUACAUUGGCCCAAGUACAGUGUUUGGUUCAAGCAGUAAACUAGCCAACGUGGAGCAGUGGAGAUGUGCAACCAUCCUGAGAAACCACACAGGAGAUGUGAUGGAUGUAGCCUGGUCCCCUCAUGAUGCUUGGUUGGCUUCCUGCAGUGUGGAUAAUACAAUCGUGAUCUGGAAUGCCCGCAAAUUCCCAGAGAUCAUCGCCACUCUAAAGGGUCACACGGGCCUAGUGAAAGGUUUAACCUGGGACCCAGUUGGAAAGUACAUUGCCUCCCAGGCUGAUGACCGUAGCUUGAAGGUGUGGAGAACUGUGGACUGGCAGUUGGAAACGAGCAUCACCAAGCCCUUUGAUGAGUGCGGAGGAACAACUCACGUGUUGCGACUCAGUUGGGCCCCUGAUGGUCAGUACCUUGUUUCUGCUCACGCAAUGAACAAUUCUGGUCCCACUGCGCAGAUUAUUGAGAGGGAUGGCUGGAAAACUAACAUGGACUUCGUGGGUCAUAGGAAGGCUGUUACUGUUGUGAAAUUCAAUCCUAAGAUUUUCAAGAAGAAACAAAAAAAUGGCAGUUCCCAGAAGCCAAGUUGCCCGUACUGCUGUUGUGCUGUAGGCAGUAAAGACCGUUCUGUAUCUGUUUGGCUGACAUGCUUGAAGCGGCCUCUGGUGGUUAUCCACGAGCUGUUUGACAAGUCCAUUAUGGACAUAACAUGGACCUUAAACGGCCUGGGGAUUUUGGUGUGCUCCAUGGAUGGUACAGUAGCAUAUCUGGAUUUCUCACAGGAUGAGCUCGGAGAUCCACUCAAUGAGGAAGAAAAGAAUUCAAUUCAUCAAAAGAUUUAUGGGAAAAGUUUGGCAAUUACAACAGAAACUCAGAUGGGCACCACCAUCAUUGAAAAUCCAGAGAUGCUUAAGUACCAGCAGCAGAAAGAAGUAGUAGAGCAAACAAGCACUGCAAACAGGGAGUCCUCCACACCUAAACUCAACAGUGUGGUAAAUGGUGAGAGCCUGGAGGACAUUCGGAAGAAUUUAUUAAAGAAGCAGGUUGAAACAAGGACAGCAGAUGGUCGGCGCAGAAUUACCCCUCUCUGCAUCGCUCAGCUUGACACUGGAGAUUUCUCCCCAGCCCUGUUCAACAGCGUUCCCAUUAUGCCGGGAUCUUCAGUGUCCUCACAGCUGACGCAGCACCUGACCUCCUCUGACUCCAACACUGCCAAUUCUGUGAGCAUGAAGCCACAGCACGAGCCCUUGGCGUCUGCAUCUACUGCUGCUCCUCAAAAGCCCCUUGAAGAUGCCCAGCAGAGAAAUGGGGUCAACUCUGGUGUGUCAAAUUCAGUGGCGGUUGUCAAUUCCACUGCAGUAAAAGCUAACAAUCUCCACUCAUCGUCUUCCAAGAUUGAGCCAAUGAAAGCACUUGAUUCAAGGUUCACAGAGAGGUCAAAGACCACCCCUGGAGUUGCCAUUUCCUCUCCUGUUGUGAGCGUGACUCCUGUUGACAGAAUAAAGGAUGUAAGUGUUGUUAAAGAGUCCCGGCCAAAAGAGAUACUGGAGAGCAGCAGUGACAGUGAAGACAAGACUCCAAUAAUGAAGUCUUUGUCAUUAUCCAAGAGAAAAGCUGACGUGGAAGGUGCUGAGGUGGUUGAAAAGAGGAAAAAGGGUAGACCACGGAAAGAUACCAAAACCAUGUCUGUCUCGGUGGCAGUGCAACAGAAUGCAACUGGGGUAGACAAGGACCUUUCUCGAAUUGUUUCUCCAGUGGUAACGUUGAAGCUUCCUACCCAGACUCUUCAGAAGUGUUUCACAUUGCAGAUUAGUUCAGAUCCAUCUGUGUUCAUUGAAGUUGAAAACGAAGUUUCUACUUAUGCGGGGUUGAAACUGAGUCGAUUAAAAUGUAACCGAGAAGGCAGAGACUGGGAGACAGUAGUUACAAGUCGGAUAUUGGCAGCAGCUGGAAGCAGUGACAUUGUCAGUGUGGCUUGUGAGGACCGAACACUGUCAGUGUUUUCUGCAUAUGGUCGCCGUCUUCUGCCAGCAAUCCUCCUACAGGCCCCUGUCUCUACUGUACACUGUACUGGGUUCUUCGUCAUGGUCCUGACAGCAUGUGCUACUCUCUCUGUCUGGGAUGUUCAGAAGCAAGCCGUUUUGGUAAAGGAUGAGUCCCUGCAGAUGAUACUGUCAGGCACAGACACUACUGUCACUCAGUCCUUGCUGACACAACAUGGCGUACCAGUGGUGAACCUCUCUGAUGGAAAGUCUUACUGUUUCAAUUCCUCCCUUGGAACCUGGAAUAUCAUAGCAGACAAGCAGGACUCCUUAGCACUGUGUGCAGACUACAGGAGCUGUGUUAUUUCUCAAGACGCCUUGAUGACUUCUGGUCCUUUAGCAAUUGUACAGGGCCGGACGCUCAAUGCUGGAAGACAGGCAGCCCGGCUGUCCUCGACUCCUCAUCAUUUACAGCAGGGGAUGACCCUAGCUUACCUGGAGAACCAGAUGGCAUCAGCACUUAGCUUAAAAUCGAGCCAGGAAUACCGCCACUGGCUUCUUAUAUAUGCCAGAUUUCUGGUGAAUGAAGGAUCAGAGUACCGGUUGCGAGAACUUUGUAAAGACUUGCUAGGGCCUGUGCACAAAUCGGCAGGAAGCAUGUGGGAAACGGCGAUACUGGGGUUGCAGAAACGGGAGCUGUUGAAAGAGGUGCUCCCAGUCAUCGGGCAGAACCUUCGGUUCCAGAGGCUCUUCACGGAAUGUCAGGAUCAGCUGGAGAUGCUGAAGAGCAAAUAGCACUUUUCACGUCAUUCCACGAGGGAUUGAUUUCUCCUAAAGAGACAGACAGACAGACUGACUGAUGGGCACACAGGCAGGCAGACAUGCUAGCCCCAGGGGAAGGCGCCUGGCAGUCCUGCAGAAGGCCAUACCCCGAUUUCCCUCAUUUUCACUUACGUACCAUUCAAAGGAGUAUCAAUUGGCAAGCAGGAACCGCUCCUUCAAGGAGGUGAAUGGAGGACGCUGUUAAAGUCCUGCGGUAAAAUUCCAUCGGAUACCAAAAAUAGCCGAGCUGAUGGUGACUUGCAUUAAGCACAAGGCAGCAGAGGUCGGAACUUCCCGGUCACAAGAUGAAUUUGUUUCAUAAUUUUUGGAAGUCAAGUUCUCGUCCCUCUUGUUAUUAAGGGGUGAUAUGUCAGGUUUUGAAACUUGAACUGUUGCGUUUUUGUUUUGUUUUUUUUUUUGGUAGAGAAUUUCAAAGCCCUGUGUGAGAGACUUCCUUGCACCACAAGCAUUGUCCACUACAGCCACAUGACCAUGACAUUUUUUUUUGAUUUUGUAAAAAAAAAAAAAAAAAACUUGUAAUUUUUAAAUGUUUGUAAAAGCAACCCCCUUUUUGUUCCUUUUGUUUUCUUUAUUUUGUUAAUUUUUUUCUACAAAAUAAACUAAUUGAGCAGUGCUUGAGGUA